AUGCGGCCCUCGGCCACGGCGGUCUGCGAGAGGCACCGGCUGCUGCGCGAGCGAGUCCAGGACGCCCUGGUGGUCUCGAAGACGCUCGAACCUCUGCCCAGCCUGGCGGUGAUUUUGCCGGCGCUGCGCCGGGCGCACGGCGCGGAGGAGGCCUACCUCCAGCGCUCGGCCUGGGCGCUGCGGCGCGAGCUGCGGCCGGCGGAGGUGCUGGUCUUUGGUGACGCCAGGCCGGCGGGCCUGGCCAUGCGGGAGCUGGAGGGCCUGCCCGUUCGCUUCAAGCAGCGACCCGAGCACAAAGAGCUGCAGCGCCCUGAAUCCUUGCGAAGGGCCUUCGGGGAUCCUUUGGAGAAGGUUCUUUGGCGCUCCCGCCUCGUUCUGGACUUCGUAAGUGCUGUGAAAGAGCUAGAUGCACCUGGAGCUCAUGUUCUGUGGCUGGAGGACGACGUGGAGCUGUUGCCAGGAUUUGGAACCCUCCUCGAAGGAUGGCUGCAAGAGCACGGUCGCAAGAAGGACUGGCUGUGCCUGCAGCUGCUGGGUUUCCAGCGCGACACGGAUCCCAAAACCUGGACCUGGGGCACCCGAGGUUGGGGAGGCGGCGGCAGCCUUCUGUACAACGCUGCCUGGCUUCCUCGGUACCGCGAGUUUCUGGCUGCCUCAUUCGACAAGGCACCCUUGGACUGGCUGCACAAGAUGAUGCCAACGGAGGGGAAGGAGUGGUGGCAACCGAAGCUGCAGCCGGUGCUGCUCAAACACUUUGGGGAGCACUCAUCCCACGAGGAUUUUCUUUGA